UGGUAAAUCACUGAGAAAAUCUGCACACCCCACAAAAUCUAAUCCAAGAUCUGCCAUGUCCGGGCAGCCAAAAGACAAGAAAUUGAAUUUUUUAAUAAUUCAGAUUUGAUAAAAACCCUAACCCUAACCCUAUUUGAAAUGUCACAUUCAACAGAGAAAAGCCCUUGCGCUAGCCCUAGAGCGAGAGCAAAGGGGCUCAAAGCCUUCAGUUUACCAGCAGAUUUUUGGUUCAAAGAGCGAGAUCUGAAACACGCGCUUGCCAAAAUGCAUCUGAAAAAAUCUGUGUCUUCAGGUUCAACACCGGCGGAUUCCCCGAGAGCGUCAUCAAAGCAGCCUAAUCUACAGUUUUUUCAAUCUUUUAAGGUAGACCCGCCCGGACCUGAUCACUUCUCCCAACUUUCCGACGAGCUUCUUCUUCAGAUUUUCUCGAAGCUCCCAAUAUCUCAGCAUGUUUCUAAUUCUUUAGUAUGCAAACGCUGGCUAUACCUUCAUGGCCGUUUGGUUCAAUCCCUCAACGUAACCGACUGGUCGUUCAUUGAAUCGGGUCGGGUCUUUUUACGGUUCCCGAAUCUUUCGGAUAUAAACAUCAUUCGUGCCUGUUUUCGUACAUCGAAAAAUUCGGGGAUUUUGGUGACUCACAAGGCAUUAUCGGUUCAUGUGGAUACUCGGGUUUCUUCAACGAACGGGUUUGUUGACCAAAUCGAAAACCUUUUACCAUCUGAUUUAGUUGACCAAGGGCUGGAAUUGCUGGCUGAAAAGUAUCCGAAUCUGAGGAGAGUAGUCGUUAUUGGCGCAAGUGAAAAUGGUUUAUUGAGUAUUGCUGAUGAGUGUCACACUUUGCAAGAAUUGGAGUUACAUUGUUGUGGGGAUUUAUCAUUGAAGGGUAUUUCUGUCUGUCAAAACUUACAAGUAGUGAAAUUGAUAGGUUCGAUUGAUGGAUUUUAUAGUUCAGUUGUUUCAGAUAUUGGUCUAACAAUAUUGGCGCAGGGUUGUAGAAGAUUAGUGAAAUUAGAGUUAACUGGAUGUGAAGGAAGCUAUGAUGGGAUUAAAGCUAUUGGUCAAUGCUGUCAAAUGUUAGAAGAGUUAACCCUUUGUGAUCAUAGAAUGGACGGAGGGUGGUUGUCAGCUCUGACGUUUUGUGGGAAUUUGAAAACGUUGAGGCUUCAAUUAUGUAAGGGUAUUGAUUCGAGUCCUGGGUUGCCUCAGCAUUUGGGGUCUUGUUUGACUCUUGAGGAAUUGCAAUUGCAGGGGUGUCAACUAAGAGAUAAGCAGAGUGUGGAAGCUCUCUUUUUGGUUUGUGAGAACGUUAGGGAGAUCAUUUUGCAAAACUGUUGGGGAUUGGAGGAUGAUGUGUUUGGCCUUGCCAGUAUUUGCAGGAGGGUGAAGAUUCUGUCUCUGGAAGGAUGCUCUUUGCUAACAACUGGAGGCCUGGAGUCGGUCGUUCUAUCUUGGAAGGAGCUCCAAAGACUAAGAGUAGUAUCGUGUAACAAGAUAAAGGAUAGUGAAAUCACACCUUCACUGGCAUCCCUGUUUUCUGUCUUGAAAGAGUUGAAAUGGCGGCCAGAUUCCAGGUCUCUGUUGUCAUCUGGUCUUGCAGGGACUGUAGUGGGAAAGAAAGGUGUUAGAUUUUUCAAGGGUUUGAAGCCUUAAAAUGUGUCAUUUGAUGUGGAUAAUCUUGGUUUCAAAUUCAUGCUGCAACUGCAAUAAAUCUCAGCAGAUACAUACACACACUCUAUAGGAAUUCAUAAAUUUUCAUUAAAUCAUCUAAUUUAGAUGCAUAGCAUGGUGAUUAGAGCGGCUGAUCUCUCUCUGCACAGAUAAGGCCUGCCAUAGUGGGCUGCCAGAUGAAGUAUAUACUAAUUUCUCUUCAACCCAAUUAGUGUAUGUGAGGCAACUUAUGUCCAAAUUUCAUUGUUAAACUAGAGUAACUUUUUUUAUGUAUGUUGAUGUCAGUACUGUUUUUCUAACAUUAAGCAAGGUUAGAUAUGUUAAAUUUUUUUAAUCAGAUGGUUCAGACUUUUUAAUGAUUUAGUGUAAGCAAAAAAAUUAGUAAACUUAAUCUUUCCUUGGUACUGUCAGAUUGUCUUCAGUUUGAUGGAUCUGCAAUAUCAUCAUAUCUUCAUGCAAUCGUCAGUGCAGCUCUUGUAUUUUCUAUACAUGUCCAAACUGUUCUGCAGAUUUUCUAGUGACUGUGUUUAUUCGAUGAUAAUAAUGUCUGGUGCUACCUUGCCUUUAGUAUCAUUUGAAAGCAAUGGCUGACUUCGUCAAAAGGAAUCUCUAAGAAAUAGAUUUAUAGGAUGUUCAAUGACGAAGAUCUGGUUGAUUUGACGUGCAGUUUUCAACUGGUAUUCAAGACUGGUGAAAUCUAUGGGAAGCAUUUUAAGCAAUGAUGGAAGUAAGUUUGAGGAUAUGCUGAAAAUAUAUUGUGAAGAGAUACCCAUUGCUGGAGGAUUUUGCCCAUAAACUUGAAGCAAAAUCAUUGUAGGCCCCCACACGAAUUGGGGAAAGAAUAUGAGAAUAAUUUAAGGUUCAUUAUUCUUCUUUGGACAGGAUACGUGGGUUUGCUGACAUAAAGAGUAGUAGAAUGGAUGAUAAUCAGGAAAUACAGAACUGCGUAGGAUAUCAUCUAGUUUUGGAGUUAUUCGGUGGUGCCUAUCAAGGGUGAGAAAAGAUUGAGUGGCUUGAGUAACUCAAGGCUAAGAACAGUUAUUGGAUUUUAAGAUUCUUGCGUAAUUUUUAUGUAUUUAUUUUUAUUUUUUAUAGUUUUUUGUGAGGCUGUUGAUCAGCCGGCUAGUCCUCAGUUAAGUUGUUGAUAUGUUUGAGAAUAAACUCAAACAUACUUUGAUUUAUUUUAUUAAAAUAAACUCAAACUUGAUUCA